CGUAGCGCGCGCCGUUAAUUAGAGUCUCGCGAGAGAACUUAAAUUAGCGACUGGUUGAAAGUCUUUUUGGAGUUUAAACCUUUAUGUUUAUACUUUUCCACGACGUUAUGUGUUGUUAAUCUUGAGAUAAAUCUCUUGAGCAGCCGUCAAAGCGUUAUUAACAAGUGCCUCGGCCGAUAUGGAGUCAAAGAGCGAAUGUGUUCCUGCAAGUAUGAAGACCAAAACUUUAAUGUCUGCCUUGAAGUCCAAAUAUGCUGAUAAAUCUUGGAAUGAGACCAUGCAACUGGUCCGAAGAUGCAUGGAUAAAACAAAAGGAGACGGGAGAAUUUGUGAGCCAAUCACAAAAUGUCUUGAGAAGAUCAAUGAGGCGCUCAACGCGUCGUCUUUGACAGGCAUGGUGUCCAGACUAGAGAUGAUUGCCAAACAAAGAGGAUUGGGGUCACAUCUGAGCCCCACAGAGACGGUGUGCUAUCUGACCGCAGACCUGUUUUACAUCGAGGUGGUCCUGCUCCCGGGAGGACGGGUGGAAGAUGUGCGGGCGGCCCAUCGCGGCGAAGCUCCGGUGUCCAGUCCAUCCCUCCUUCAGUUGUUAAGGAUGAAGAAAUUUCAAGAGUUCUCUCUAAAGUUGGAUGAUCUCGUCGCCUUUUACAACAUCCAAGGAGACUGUGAUGUCAAGGCUAAAAUCUACUCCGCUCUUCGGCACCUGGAAACUGAUCUCUUCAAAAUAUCCCAUUUACCAAGAUCUUUGAGAGAAAGUGACCUUCACGUUGACCUCAUUAUGAACGGCAGGAUUGGGAAUGUCCAGCCGGGCAGAGACGGAACUCCAAUGACAGUCGAGUACUACAUACGUCCAUUAGAUGUUCUCACGGGGUUAUCGGACACAGGUGACGUGAGUGGUGGCCGGAUUGCUCUGGUAAUGGUGGGAAACAGUGACGCCUCACACAGACUGCAGAUCGAGUCGCUGAUCUCUUCUCCACCGCAGGUCGACCUUCUCGGGUUUCCCGUGUUUCAGCCGCUCACCGACUCGUGCUCAGAAUUACUCCCUGCCACCUUUCUUCUCAAACUACAGCCACCGUUACCCAUGCUUAGUUCCUUCAUAGAGAAAGUGGGCACAAUCACAGAUGGGGUUAUGUCUGAGAAAGACCUGCAGAUGGAGCCUCUACCUCAACUUCUCAUCAAGCACAACUCCCAGAUCUCCUGGACAGAUGGGAUUCAGUUUGUUGUGCCAUUGCCUGCGUCUGAGUACCACAGUUAUGUGUUCCCCGGGGCCGAAUGGGGCCGCGAAUCAUGGAAAGGAGCCUUAAUUCACACAGUCCCCUUCCAUCACCCCGGCCACGUCCCGGCCUUACUAGACGUCCUUCGCCAUCAGUCGGCCAUCAAUGUGCUACUGGAAAGCUGUUUCAGUGACCACACCCAUCACAUAGAUUCUGGCUUACAGUAUGACUUGAGAUGUGAGGUCCUUCCAGAAUCAGACCACUGCCUUUCUGUUACGUUCAGCCUUGACGAAAGCAACCACCUGGCUGUUCUUCAGGUGACGGUGACGGACGCUCAUCAGAUGAGCUGCAGACUUAUGAUGCCCGAUUUUGUGGAUCAUAAAUUGGAUGACUACAUAUCUCGAGUCCUUAUGCGAUGCAUGUCCAUCCCCAUCACAAUGAGGGCCAUACGCAAGAAAGUGUCCCCCCUGACGACCCGAGCCAAACCUGUACCGGAGCCAGACCUCAGCACGGCGAUGGAGAUCACAUCAGCUCCUCGCUCGUGUGAAUCUGCCCCUGAGAUCCCCCAUGAGGCCGUUCAGGAGGAGAGAACGGCCUCCUCUUCUCCAGGCUACUAUCUCAUGUCUGUUUCUUCCCCAGUGGCUGAUAAUGCUAAUGCUAAUACAGAUGCGGUUGCUAACCCUUCCCCGUGUGCGUCUCUGGCUGUGUAUUCACACUGGGUGACCAGUGGACUCCCAGCAGAGCUCCUGUAGGAGGAGGGAUUUUACUAGGGAAUAUUUUAAGAUUUUUCUAUUUUUAGACAAAUCGUAAAUAAAGGUGUUAUUUUAAAGUCA